AGCGCAGAGGAGGACGAGGAUGCGGCUGAGAGGCUGUGGACAUGGGUGGUAUUAAUAGGAGCGCCUGAGCGUCGCAGGCGCUCACUCUGGAGACUGGGGGGCUUGGUGGAGAGAGUCGGUGGACUCUGGGCUGAUAGGGGAGCUUUUCAUCGAGACUGCGCAGCUGGGACAUAAUUAAUAAUAAUAAUUAUUGUAAUAAACAGGGAAUAAAGAGGGUUUCUGUUCACCAGAGAGGCAACAUGGAAAACGUGCUGGCAGUUCUUAAUUUGGGCGAUUUAGCCCACGCUUUCUCCAAGAUGGGAAUGUUUCCGGUGUUUGAUGUCGCCUAUUACAUCGUUUCCAUCCUCUACCUCAAAUACGAGCCAGGCUCGGUGGAGGUGUCGCGCAGGAGUCCCGUGGCCUCCUGGCUCUGCGCCAUGCUCUACUGCUUCGGUAGUUACAUCCUGGCGGACAUCAUGCUCGGGAGCAGCCCCCUCGACUAUUUCCAGUACAACAGCCACAUCCUGCUGGCCUCAGCUGUCUGGUACCUCAUCUUUUACUGCCCCCUGAACCUCUUCUACAAGUGCGUGGCCUUCCUGCCCGUCAAGCUAGUGCUGGUCGCUCUGAAGGAGGUCGUCCGCACCCGUAAGAUCGCCGCAGGCGUCCACCACGCCCACCACGCCUACCACCACGGCUACUUCAUCAUGGUGAUCGUUGGAUACGUCAAAGGAUCCGGAGUGGCUCUUAUUUCCAAUUUCGAGCAGCUGCUGCGCGGCGUGUGGAGGCCCGAGACUAACGAGAUCCUCAACAUGUCAUUCCCGACUAAAGCCAGCCUGUACGGAGCGAUCCUGUUCACCCUGCAGGAGGCCCACUGGCUGCCAGUGUCCAAGAGCACCCUCAUCCUGGUCUUCACCCUCUUCAUGGCCACAGCCAAGGUGGUGAUGACGGCCCGCCACUCCCACGGCUCCCCCUUCAGCCUCGUUGAGUCCUGGACUUGCCACCUGCUGUUCGGCUCUCCUCUGGGGGGCGGCGAGGAGGACAACCAUCAUCCUCACGCUGCCGCGGCUCCUUCCUCGCCUCUCAAAACCAAGGAGGAGCUGAGCGAAGGCGCUCGCAAGAGGAAGGCCAAGAAAGCCGAGUAGGACGUCCAGCUGUAGGAACUGCGUCUGACUUCCCCUGACGGCGUCCGACUUCCCGUUCUAUUUUAUCAGAACCGGAGCAGUUUGAUCCCUCUUCGGAUGAGGCCCUUUUUUUUAUUGGAGCAACAUGAUGCUUUUUGCAUUUCACAUAGCUGGGGGACUGUAAAUACCAAGGCCAAUGUUUCACGCGUCAGCCAAGCCCGGGCGACUUUAUUUAUGAGUCUGGGAACAUCUGCAUCUUCGCCCAACGCAGUGAGGCGAUCCAGUGGUGGUUCUGGAGCUGCAUGGUAACAAUGUCAACGGCCAUGGCUCCACAUCAAUAGCUUUUUUUUUCUUAGAAGUGGUCUUAUUUUAGUCAAUUUAUGUCAUCAAGAAAGAAACAAAAACAAGACAAAUUGAUUCAGCUCUCAGUCAGAAAUGAAAAUGUGAAAACAAAAAGGCAUUGUG